UAAACAGACAGGUAAAUAAACCCAUUUUUAAGUUAAAUUUUAAAUCGACACAUACUCGCACAUAUUCUCGGUACUUGUGAUUGGGAUAUUAGUAUUUUAGAACGAAAACGAUUUUUUCUUCUGGAGAUAACAUCUAAGCACAACUAACAGAAAAAAUGACAACGAGCUUGAUGAAAAGAACAAUUGAAAACGAAUUAGUAAACCUCCAAGUGCCACACAAAAUUCAAAGAAAAAGUAGAAGCCCACGAAGACAAAAUGUAUCCAGCCUACAAACUUACAAAAUCAUAUUUGAAUUCGGACCACCUCAGCUGAAUCUUUUUAGAUACAUUACCAAGAAAGUCGGAAUUCUUUGGAACGAAGCAAAAGAGAAAUGCAGUUUGAAAGAUGGCGGGAAACCAACAAAUGGACUACUACUUGUAUGCGAAGAUGAUGAAAGGACUGUAAACGACUGUUUAAAAAUCGUUGGCUUUGACGUUUAUCAACUUGAAAGACUGUUAGAAACGGACGAUGGGAUGAAUGAUGAACGGAAAAGUGUUUGCAUCUUUUACUUUUCGGAGCAAUUUUGGAAAACAAUGAACAAGGCACGCGCGCAAACAAUACGGGAGGCCUUAAGGAGGGUUUCAAACACAUAUGUGUUCAUCUUAACGACUUCUGACGUAGAGAGAGAUGAAGCAGUUGAAUGCUGCAAAAGAUUCAAACUCUGUCCCAUUUCCCAUGUAAUCUCCCCAGCGUCAGACAAAACGGCUUUUUACGAAGCAUUCUACAAGGUACUUGAGAAGGAACUUCAAACAUUUUCAUCUGACUUGGAAACACGGACAUCUACACGACAGAUCCAUGCAAUCAAGUGCAAAUUAAACUCUCUCAUUGAAAAGCUACGAUCAAGAAAUGCAUCAAUCAAAUCACCUUUGACAAAGCAAUGCUUAGAAAUUAUCAAAUCAUCAAGGAAAAAGGGUGUCAUUGGAUAUAGGCUCCUUGGAAAUGAAUUGCAUAUCUAUGAAAACGAACACUUGAGAACCGAAACGGAGAGGAGAUCGGAAAUUGAAAAUUGUAUCAAAAAUAAUUUUAAAGGAGAAGUCCAUUUUAGACCGUUAAGCAAUGUUUUAAAACCGCAAUGUACUGUAAGGUGUGGUGGUUACAUUGGCAACUACACACUUGGUAUAAAAGGCACCGUGGGCAUGUUUGGCGAAAUAAGAAAUACCCUUCAAAAUGAUUCAUUUCAUACCGUGGCGCUUUCCUCUCCGCAUGUUAUCAGUAGCGGUGAUGUUGCAUGUUCAUCCACUGGGGAGAUAAUUGGUGAAUGUAUCUGGCCAGGAAGCAAAGCAAACAUUCACGAUGUAUCUAUAGUCAAAAUUGAUUCCUCAUUGAUCAACUCCUUAAAACGAACAUACUUUAACGAAAAUAUCACAGUCGAAGAACGUCCCUAUGGGAGUCUUUGUUAUCGAGACGUGUUCAAAUAUGGAGCAACCACAGGUAAAACAAGUGGCUCAAUUGAACAGAUAAAUGAUUUUCAACUUUUUGACAGAGACGUAAUGGCGAUUUCAUCAGACGACCCUAAAAAUCCAUUCUCCACGAAUGGAGAUAGUGGCGCUAUUGUGUUAACAAUAAUUGAUGGAAAAUAUUAUGGUAUUGGAGUUAUUUACGGAGGCAGCCUUGAUGAUCGAGGAGCAAACAGCAGUAUCACGGAAAACGAAAGCAUUGCGAUAUUUCUGAAAAAGGCAAUAGAUCAAUUUACAACUGAGAAAAAUAUGAACAUUGAGUUUGAUAAAAUAUAAACAUGAUAAAUAACAUACGUGCAUGCAGAAAAACUGAGUUUUCUUUAAUGAAAGAAAUAAACAUGGAAUGCAAUAAUAAGCUUGUGAGUCUGUAAAAUUACGGGGAUUUGUUUUGGAACAAACAUGGUAAAAUUUUCCCGGCAACUUUGAUUAGGUCAGCCCCCUUGGUUCUAUGAAAAUCUUUAGCAAAUUUCGUCCUUUGUGAGAUGGGUUUGGGGUUCAAGAUUCUCAAUGGUUUUUUUUCAAUCUCAAUCAAUAUUACUAUAUCAAUUAAUUAAUCUAUACUGUUUAUUUUCAAUGAUCACUUUUUGGCUUCAAUAGCAGCCUUGUUUUGAUCCACCUGUCUAGAUGUAUAGUGUCAAAUUGUUACAUUUGUAUUACAAGGGCUUACAACUGAACCCACUGCAAACAGAUAUGUCGAAUUUCUAAUUCUGCAUUUUAGAAAAUACAUAAUUAGACUCGUGCUUAUAUGUUUUAAUACCCCCCCCCCCCGUAAACAAAGUUUUGGCAGCGGGGUAUUUAGGAAUCACCGUAUCCGUCUGUCUGUGCAAAAUUCGUGCCCCUAUUGUACGGACAUGUCAUCCAAAGUAUUCAAACCGGGAAGGGUAUUUUUGUUGCGGACCAAGGUACAUAUAUCAGAGAUGUGCAUUUUGCUUAAAUGUUGAUUUUUGAUAAUUCAUGAUACCGAAGAUAAGGGGCGAUGUAACACUCCGUGGCUUUCCUGCCACCGAUAUACAAACUUUCUGGAAUUGUCGGCCAACAAGACAUGUAACAUAUGUCAUAUAACAUUAUUAAAUCAGUUUAAGAACAUAAUUUAUUCAAUACCAAAUGUUCUUUAUUAACACAUAUUCAUAUCUUAGUGUAACAAAUCAAUGUAAUAGUGUGGAAUCAUUAGAUUUUGUGGUGGCUCAAUUUUCGUGGAAUUCGUUGGUACCUCUCAUCUACGAAUUAACAUCCACCACGAAUUAGGCAAUUAAGUCAUAUUUCCUUUUGAAGGUAUAUGAGAAUACACGAAAUAUGUCCCCACGAACCUGUAAAAUUUAAGCAAUCUACGAAAAUUGGCCCCCAGAGUUUUAAUGAUUCCACAGUACCCACUAAUAUUUUUUUCAUUACGUCUUUUGAAUACUUUCAGAUGAGAACUGGAUGUUACUUGUUUCU